AAAUUUUGGUAUGGUGGUAUUUGCAUAUUGCUUUUAGACAGGCUUCUUUGAUUAAAAAGAAUCAAGUGAAAAGGAGUCAAUGAAACUAGAGGAGAACUCUUGAGAAGAAGUAAGAAAAAGAUGUUAUCAAAGUCCACGAACAGGGCUAGUUGUUCUAGGAGCAGUUCUUCUCAGUCAAAGAAGGAUGCUCGUGUGGUUGCACAAAGCACAAUUGAUGCAAAGCUACAUGUGGACUUUGAGGAAUCUAAGAGGUUGUUUGAUUACUCUACUUCAAUUGAUUUUAACAUCUCAAGCUCAACUAGCAAUGUCUCCUCCUCUACAGUUAAAAAUGCCCCAGAAAUGUUGGAGUUGUCUCCUUAUGCUGUUCCAAGCAUAAAGCAGCAAGAGGCGUUGACUUUUGGAACUGAUGUACGUAUGCUUUUUCAGUCCCAAGGUGCAGCUGCUUUGCAGAAAGCAGUGAGUGUUAGGGAAGUCAAUCUUCUCAAUCCCAUAUCGGUCCACUGUAAAACAUCUGGUAAGCCCUUUUAUGCUAUUUUGCAUACAAUUGAUGCUGGGUUAGUUAUAGAUCUAGAACCAGUGAAUCCUGCUGAUGUGCCAGUGACAGCUGCUGGGGCUUUAAAAUCCUAUAAGCUGGCAGCCAAAGCAAUAUCAAGGGUGAUGGUGUAUAAAUUUCAUGAAGAUGAGCAUGGGGAAGUUGUUGCUGAGUGCCACAGACCAGACUUAGAACCCUAUCUGGGUUUGCAUUACCCAGCUACUGACAUACCACAGGCCUCAAGAUUCCUUUUUAUGAAAAACAAAGUCAGUAUGAUUUGUGAUUGUUUUGCACAACCUGUCACGCCCCAAAACCCAAUUUCGAGACGCGACAGACGCCGUGCACUCGUGAGACGGGUCCCACAAAUGCACAAGGCUUGGAACUUAUCAUAUCACACUCUGAUACCAUCAAAAUCUGAAGAUCAAAUCUUUAAAAUUUACUCUGAUAUCAUAAAUCUCCAAAUACAAGAUCAUGAUUCAUAUCUAAAAUUUAUAUCCAAUUACAAUAUGGCUAGCCUUCUAACUCGUCACUUCUCGUGGUUUCCCCGUCCUCGAUUUCACUUCCUGAAAUGGUGGACAAGGAAAAACUAUGAGAUAAACUCAGUAAGUAAAUAUGAAGUGCCCCUUAUCAAACUUAAAGCAUGCCAACAAGUACAAGCACGAAAACAGAUACAGUACGGGCACGAAAUAGAUGUCUCCUCUAUAGGUCACGGCCAGUGUAUAAUCCCCACUAACAGGGCCACGAUUUGCUGGUGUAUAACCCCCACUAGCUGGGUUGAACGAACCGACUCUUUCACUAACAUGUCGACAUGUGCUAGCGUUUAUAACCUCCCCCACUAGCAGGGUCACGAAUAACAUGACCACAUCAGAGACAAAAUAGGCAGAAGUUAACAGGAAAAUCACGAUUCACAAUCACUUUCAGAUCAUCAGGACAGUCACUCAAAUUUCAAGUAGGCAUGCUCAAUUUCAUGAAAAGCACAAAACAUUUCACUUCAAAUCAGUUAUACUUGUGUAAAAUGGGUUUAGUCCCGCCACCACUUCAAAAACAAAUCAAAACAUGCUUGAAAAGUCAAAGGGCGUUACCAUAAUUUACUUAUCUCACUCGCAUAAAACCGAGCACUCAAUUCACGUACUAAACUGACAGGACGAUUAUGAACCUAAUCAAGAUAUUUCAAGAAUUAAUACCACUAUCACAAAUUCAAGGUAAACUCAUCAUUAGGAUCAUUCCUAAUCACAAUGCUAUUUCCAUCACUUUCCACAUGAUCGAACAUCUCCAAAUUU